UUUUGGCUCCUACAGGAGCCUCUGACCGCAUCGGGAGGGGGCCCCUUUGGCCUGUCGCGCGUUUGCGAGGGUAAAGAACCUCUACUUCAACAUUGGUAGUGGAACUUCAGUGAAGCUGGUUCGAUCCACGCGUCUACAGACUGCUGCGCCUGGAAAUCAGGACAGCAAGCCCACAGCGGUGCUGUGCGCAGCGUCGGUGAUUUAGGCCCUUGCGCGUCGGUGACGCGGCUGCGCCUGGAAGUCAGGGCAGCAGACAUACGGCGGUGCCGUGCAGAAGCGUCGGUGACGCUUCACAGUGCGGAGCGCCAGUGCGCGGUUAACCUGCGUGGCACCGAUCUGUAUAGCCUCGAUCUCUAGUCUGUACGCAGGUACGGAGUUCCCCGCGGAACGUGACAUUCACGCCUGGGUGAAAGUAGCCAGGGCGAUGGCGCGGCGCGCCGAGGAACGGAGUUCCCGCGACGUCGCCGUCCAGCACGAUGGGGAUGCAGAACAGGCACAUGAUGAUGAAGACGCAUGCGCGAAGUCCUCGUCUCAACGGCGGGCAAGGGAAAGGCUGGCCCCGAAAGUGCACGCCCAAUUGGCGGCUGGCGGCCCCGGUCGCGCGAGCAAUAGCUUCGCGAAUCCAUGUGAGCAGCUGGUGACUUGGUCGUGCGAGCAGAAGCCUCGCGAAUCCAUCCAUGCGUUUCACAGCACUUGUAUGUUUGUGCACAGAGAUCUGGGCGUGGGCGGGCGGGGUUCGAGGCAGAGAAAAGGCGAGAGUCAUUGUUGAUGAUAGGCACUGGCAUGCUGUCUUGCCUCUCCCCCGCCGCCGUUUUGACAGGGGCCUCUGACCGCGUCGGGAGGGGGCCCGUUUGGCCUUUCGCGCGCUUGCGAGGGAGAAUUAUUCACUGCGUGGAGCUCCCCAUAGGUGCAUCUAUUCGCAUGUGCCUGUCCGCCGUGAAUGUCUAGGCGCAAGGGCUUUUGAAUGUACGCGGACUUCAGUUGUGACGGUCUGGACAUGCAUCUAAUUGCGAAUGGCUUGGAGCGUGAAUGAGCCUUA